UAAUUUAUAAGUACUUCAGAUCCGGACAGAGAUCGGAAUUUUCUGAAGGCGCCGAAGUUCCCCUAAAUCCGACGUCUGUUCCGUCACCUGCGCCGUCCGAUCUCGAGCGUGAAAUCCUUGAUUGGAUUCGGACACUCGACCCCGCCGUGCUCAAUAGGAUUAGGAAUCGCGACCCUGCCCUCCUCCAUGAGAUUCAGCAAUUCGACCCCUCCGUUGAGAUUCGCAACUUUGAUCCUUCCAUCGUUGAUGAGAUUCGGAACUUGGACCCUGCUUUCCCUGCGGGAUUUUCUGAAAGCGUAGACGUUCCUCAAAAACCCCCGUCUGUUCCGUCUCCUGAGCCGUCCGUUGUUGAAAUCCUUGAUUGGAUUGGGACACUCGGCCCCUCCGUGCUCGAUGAGAUUCAGCAAUUCGACCCCGCCUUCCUCGAUGAGGAUCGGAGCUUCGAUCCUUCCAUUGUUGAUGGGAUUCGGAAAUUGAGUUUGAAGGAAAAGGAGGAAAAAGAAGAAGAGAAGGAGAGAGAGACUGAAAAGGAAAAGGAAAAUGAGAAGGGGAGAGAGAGCGAAAAGAGCGAAAGCGGCAGCGGCAGUGGAGGAGGGAAUGAGAAUGGUGGUGAGGUGGAUAAGGAGGUUGUUGAGGAGAGUAGCAGAAGGGAUCAGUACCCAUUGAGGCUUGGAGACUGUUGGCACUAUCUGAGGACUGGCAAUUGUAAGUUCGGAUCGAAUUGCAAGUAUAAUCACCCUCAGAUAACGAAAAACAAGCAGGUGUCUAAGGACAAGGCAAAGCUGAGGGAAGAGUUGGAAGAGAAGCAAGACCAGACCGAAAGCAAGUAUUACAUCAGCCCAGGACGACGUAUAGAGCUACCUUCUGUAGCUCCAGCUCUGGAACUUAACUUUUCGGGCCUGCCAAUUCGUCCGGGGGAGAAAGAUUGUUCCUACUAUAUGCGAACUCUGACCUGCAAGUACGAAACAAACUGCAAGUUUAACCACCCUGAUCCUACAGCUGCCGGAGAAUCUCGCCCGCAAUCCGCGUAUGGUAAUGGUAGGCCUGCAUCAUUACAAGGUCUGCCAAAUUCUCAAGGGAUUAAUUCUGAAGCUACAGAAUGGAAUGGUUAUCAGGCUCCAGCAUAUCUACCACAUAGAAGCAUGCCUGCACCUCCACCUGUACCAUAUGUUAUGAACAACUCGGUGACUGAAACCAACUACUACGGACAAUAUGCACAGCAGAUGCAAGCUGAAGAAUUACCAGAACGACCUGGGCAACCUGUUUGCUUCUAUUUCGCUCAAACAGGGGAUUGUGCUAAUAAAUCUAAUUGCCAAUAUCACCAUCCAAAAAAUCAGACUGCAGCGACCCCCUCAUGUGCACUUAGUGACAGGGGCCUCCCUUUAAGACCAGGUCAGAAGAUUUGCACAGAGUACAGCCACUUUGGCGUUUGCGGUUCUGGGCCAACCUGUAGAUUUGACCAUCCGUCAUUAUCAGUUUCCUUUCUGUGACUCGGAAACUGCAAAUGGGGUACGAUCAUCUGGAAGUAGAAGUGGAACUGAUGCUACAAUUCCGCAACAGCCUGAGUAAUAUGUUUUGCACGAAAUGCCAACUAGAGCAGUGGAUUCUUGUCGCCAAGGACAUGAAAUCGCUUUGUUAUUGAGUCUUGGAAAUGUAUCAAACCUUCUCCCCUAGCUGCCACCGGCUUUUCAGAUGCUAGAACUUAAUGGAAGCCGGAAAUGUAAAUGUUUCGUGUUUGAUGUAAUUUUACUGGAAAAUAAAAGUUGAAUUCAGUGAGUAUCCUCUCAA